AUGCAGGUUCCACGAACGGAAGGCAAUGAAAAGGGGAAAGGAAACUACUGGAGCUUCGCGUCAGGUUGCGAGUCCAUGCUGGACCUCUUUGAAAAUGGGAAUUAUAGGAGGAGGCGACGAAGGAGGAACGUGAAGCGAGAAGCCAGGGGGAAAAGGUCAGCUGGGGAGCAGAACGCUUUCCCUGCGUUUUCCUCGGUGGAUUCUGGCUUAUCCGGCACGUCUUGUUCUUCCGUUGAGAACGUGGAACCUCGGCCCAAAGCACUGGAGCCCGGCGAGUUUUUUCCAAGCACUGCUGCCAGCCGAGAGAGUCUAAACACUUCCUCGGUAGGAAAAUCUGACUCCGAAAUUAAAUUUAGCAUUGAUUACAUUCUGUCGGCCCCAGAUCCUCUGCCUGCGCUGAGGUCUCCGUAUCACGCGCAAGACAACAAACUCCCUUUCUUGGAUUCUCCGCACAUCAGCCUCCAGUUUUGGACAAUGUAA